AUGUCGACUGCCCCGCUCGCCUCUUCGGAGAGAAAGUCGUUCAACAUCGGCACUCGUAGGUCAAAGCUUGCGCUCGCUCAGACUGACCUUGUCGUGGAAGCACUGAAGAAGAAUUAUCCACAGUAUGAAUUCAAGAUUGAAACAAAAGACACCGCCGGUGACCGCGACAAGAUCACUGCCUUCAAGGACAUGACAUCCAAGAAUUUGUGGACAGAGGAGUUGGAAGAAUUAUUGAUUGCUGGCCAGCUAGAUUUCAUCAUCCACUCUCUCAAGGAUGUCCCUACAAUACUACCCCCCACCUGUGCCCUAGGAGGCGUCCUUCCUCGUGAAGACCCGAGAGACGUGCUUAUCGUCAAACCCGGUCUGCCGUAUACCUCCCUCUCAGAACUCCCCGCCGGUUCCGUAGUUGGCACCUCAUCGAUCCGCCGUACGGCUCAAUUAGCGAUGAAAUUUCCCCACUUGAAAGUGCAGAGCGUCCGUGGUAACAUCGAAACUCGAUUGGCGAAAUUGGAUGCAGAAAAUGGCCCUUUCACGGCUAUCAUUUUAGCCGCAGCUGGAUUAUUACGAACUGAAAUGGGAGGUAGAAUUACCCAAUAUCUUGACUCGAAAAGUGGCAGUCUUUUAUAUGCCGUUGGUCAAGGCGCGAUUGGUAUUGAGGUCCGCUCGGAUGAUGUUCUUGUCUUGGACAUGCUCAAAAAUAUCGGAGAUCAAAAGACAUUCAAGGAAGUUCUGGCUGAGCGCAGUCUACUCAGAACUAUAGAAGGUGGAUGCAGUGCGCCACUCGGCGUGGAAUCAGAGUGGAUUCAAGAAGCGGACGGAACGACAAAAUUGCAUGUUCGAUCCAUCAUCGUUAGUGUAGAUGGUUCACGUCAUUCUACUGCUGAACUUGAAAAGGUCAUUGAAAGUACCGUUGCUGCUGAGACUUUCGGAAUAGAAUUGGCUCAGGAGCUGGUGGCGAAUGGUGCAGGUCCUAUUCUUGAGGAGAUCAAGGCAAACAAGGUUUCUUCAUGA